AUGGAGCCAGUUCAACCGGCAGAAGUGCCGGAACAAUAUCAGCAAAUGUACCCGGGCGGGUAUCCGAUGUUUCCCAGCGGGUAUUACCCAAUGUAUUCAAUGAUGAUGCCUGGCAUCCUUCCGCAGCCAACCCAAUCCACAACGAAGCCGGGUUCUUCGUUAUCGCCUCCAGAAACACCAGAGUCUAUCGACGAAAGUAUCUUGUCUCAAACCAGCCAGAUCGGCCGAAACAAGACGUUCAAGAGUGAUGAUGAGCGUGUUCGCUACGAAGAGCUACGCCGAAAGAAUAACUUGGCUGCGAGGCAGUCCAGAGCAAAGCGCAACAAGCGCGAAAAAGAGGUUGCGGUGGAGAAUGAGGUACUCCACCAGAAGGUGAAGAAGCUCCAGAUUGAAAUGGCCAAGAUCCAGUCCGAGUUGAGACACUACAAGGCGGAGGUGGACCAAAAGCAAGCGUCGAAUUCAAGGGCUUCUGGAGCUGAUCAAAAGUUUUAA